AUUCCGUAACCCUCCAAAUACACAAAAGCGUGGCUGUCACUCCAGAGCCCUUUACAUAUCUCCUGAUCCAACCAGUCAUCCUAGUUUCCGUCCUUACAAAAAGACACAGUCCCAUAGAAGCAGCCCAUAGCUAUUUUGAACGCAUUCCCAAACCCACCAUAGAAAAGCACCUCAAAGAAAAGGAGCAAAAUUUUAUUGGGCAAAGGGUUUUGGGAAAAACCCUUCUCUUCGUCCUCUGUCCUCUCAUUUUUUUUAUCUUCAAUUCCCAAAAAAGAAAGAAACAUGUCCUUCUCUGGGCAAGGCAAAAAGCUAGGCUCCGGCGACAACGACGACAUGGGCAUCAUCGCUAGACUCUCCCGCGCUGUAUCCGACUCCCCGAUAACCGACGUCACCAAGAGAGCGGCCAGCGACGCCGCCUACGUGACCAAGAAGCUGUUGAAGAGCACGGGAAAAGCGGCGUGGUAUGCGGGAACCACGUUCCUGGUCCUCAUUGUCCCACUCAUCAUCGAGAUGGACCGUGAACAGCAAUUCACUGAUAUGGAGUUGCAGCAGCAGAGCCUCCUCGGCUCACCCCCUCCGCUCUCUCCUCCAAAGUAAAAAAGAAUAUUCGCUUCUACGGUUUAGUUUGUGGGCUGUUCUAGAAUUUCGUAUAUUGAUGCUUGAUUGGAUUUUUUUGGAUUAGAUUUAAUUUGAGGAUUGUAUGAGAUUUUACUGUGUGAGAAGUAUUCAGUUUCAUGAUUUCCUUGAUGGGUAUUGCUGGAAUUUAGGAAAUCAUUGAAAUUGGAGCAAUGCAUAGAAGAUUUGCUUUGAUUUGCUU